GUCCACACUUCACUACUCUCGGCUUAAAUUUUAAUUUCGUUGGAGCCGUGUGUUUUUUUCUCUCUCUCUCCUCUUGUCCUCUUCUCCUUGUUCAACCCGCAAUCCUCCUCUUUUGCCUGCCCUUACUUGGCAUUUCCCCCCUCACACUUCCCCCUCCCCCAAAAUUCUUCACUUUUCUUCCCCAUUUUAUAUUAUAUUAUAUUUUAUUUCUUUAUUUGAUUCCCUAAAAAAAUUAAAAUAAAAAAAGAAAAACCAAGCCCGUCUUCUUUUCCGUCCUAUGUCUUUCAGUGUGCUAAACUCGCUAUUGUCGCUGCUGUGGGCAAUAUAACUAUAGUGUGUGUGUGUGUGUGUGUGUAUAUGUGAAGGUUUCGUCCUUUUUGCCUGUUGUCCCGAAUCUCUCCACCAAACGAAUUAGUUCCUUUUUUUUUUUUUCAACUUUUUUCCCUUUUUUUCUUCCUCUCAACUUGACAACAUCCCGCACUCCUUCAGCUCUCCAACCUCCAACACAACCCCCUCCCUCCCUCCCCCAGACAACAGCAACUUCAUCAACGACAGGCUUGCACCUCCAAAUAGUCAGAUAGCCGCUCAAUUCGCCGUCUGUCUUGUCUCAACGUCGUUGCGUGGCUGCAAGCUCGUCCUCGAUUUCGCCCUCACGCACUUCAAUCCUCCUCGUCUGUCUGGACGUCGUCGCUUGUCGUCGCGUGGGACUCUCUCUUCUUGGUGGGCUGGCUGGCUCUUGGUGACCAAAGGGGACAAAACAAAUAAAAAUAAAAAUAAAAAUAAAAAUAAAAAUAAAAAAAACAAACCAGAGAGGCCUUCUUCCCCUUCAAUCGCGCUUCCUUUCGGGGCGUUUCACCAAAAAAAGGAGAUCGUCCGGACAAAGCCCACAGCGCUUUUUUUUCUUCGGGAUACUCAUCACAACACAAACCAUUUCGACCCUCCAUCCUUCCCUGUCUUUACGGGUGUCCUGUGUUGCUGUUUAUCAAAAAAGUCUCUCUUUCGCUGUGAAUCCUCGGUUUUCGAAAAUAUCCUUUCCCCAAGAUCUCCUUCCCGCCAGUGCCUCAUCCAUCUAGUGAACACGGUUUUUCCCCCUCCGCGAUAGAUAGUCGACAGGCUCUUGACGUUCCUGGGUUUUGAGACAACAGUUGUUGGUGGGGCAGCCAGAGGGUGGAGGUUGUCCGUUUCCGCCAGACCGGCAGUUGGAGUCGUUUAACAAGUUGCUGGACUCGUCCAGCACAUAAAACCCUUUCAGUUCCAUCUAUCUAGACAUAGAACCCGUGCCAUCUCGCAACGUCGAUUUGUUGUGGCAAAAUACUGAUAAUUUUUUGCAUUCCACAAUGUCAACCUCAACUAGCAGACCUGGGCUAGAGAUGCCCGCGUUUUCCUACGCCCAAGCCGCUAAGGGAUUUUCUACGCCUCCAAGCGUGCAAAUCGUUGCUGAGAAGCAAAACAAGUCAAGCACAACAUCGUCAGACCCGAGCAGCCAUAGGACAGCUACUGGAUCGGUGGAUGGGGAUGGGUCAAACCGAACUGUCGCCUCUUCGACGGACUUGGAAUCAUCGUCAGUUGCCACGGAACCCGCUGAUGCCACCGACAAAUCGCAAUCAUCUUCUGAGCGCUCCUCAGAUUCGACAGUCACCCCACCUGCUGCUGGUGCGCCAUGGAAGACUGCUACUUCCGGAACUUCGUCUCCAAGCGUGGGAACUACAUCUACUACAACGCUGCCUAAAGAAGACGAUACCUCUGGAACUCCAAAUGGCAUACCCGACUCUAGCUGGGACAAGCAGUCGCAAGUUUCAGGAACCGUCGAAAAGUCGAGCGAAAGUGGAGAAUCGGGCAAGGAAAAAUUGAAGGAAAACGGUUGGGAGAAGGAUGUUCCUGUUCUAAAAGAAUUGAAGGCUGCGCCCAUCCCCGCAGUAAAUGUCUGGCAACAAAGGAGAGAAGCACAAGAGGCAAAGGCCAAGGCUAGUGCUGCCUUGAAAUCGACAACGACGGCUGCUGCCAAGCCUUUCAACUCGAAGUCGUCCGUUCCUAGCGAAAACCGUGCGGAAGGUUCAAAGGGUGGCCCCAGAAAGAAGGCUGGCGGUUCUGAAGUCGCGGCAGAUGCGGCAAUAGCCAAGAAAAAAUCGAGCGAAAGCGGUAAGAGUAAGGAAGAAGCAGAGACCCUCCCUCCAGUUGGCGAUGCAUCUUCGUGGCCCACCCCUCAGCUGGCACAAGGCGAAGAAUUCCGCAAGCCCAAGAAAAGAGCGACAAGACGGAGAAGUCCGAGAAGGAAAAGGCUCCUACCGCCGGAUCGCGCGGGAAGGAGAAAUGGAUGCCCGUCCCCUAUGUUCCGACGGCUGUUUUUAAUACUCCUCUCCCCCCGGCUGCACGAAGAGGUGGAAGACCCUCUAGAGGCGGAAGAGAGGGAGGUAUGCGCAGUGGCGCCCAUCCCUUCUGCUGCCAUAUCCAGUAGUGACCGAAGCGUCCCUGCAUCCGCUUCAGCCGCUGGCGGGUCAAAACAGACUGGUUCCAGUGAUAGGGGUCGCAGUGGUACACGUGUUGACUCGGACCAAUCUGGCACCACUCAACCCGCAAGAACGGGUAGCGUAAAUGCGCCAUUGUCGCCAGACGAAAAGAAAGCACCACAUGACAGCCGACCGGAUAGAGCUAGUAGCGACUCAAAAAGUGUAAAGGCUCCAGAGGAGCCUCGGGGAACAACCGGUGGUGAAACUCAAACCAAUCAUCCCGCUGCUGAAACAGGCCCACGCCAGCGACAGAACUCGAAGAGCUUUGGUAGGAGCCACGACUAUUCCAACGUGACAUCCCAGCGAGGCACUGAACAUACGGGAAGACAUGCCGGUGUCCAAGGAGACUCUCAUGCUGGCACACGCUUUAGCUCAGGCCACGAGCGCCGUUUUGACAACGGCCCAAGGUCUGCAGAAUUUUACAAGGAGCCUCCUUUCCACCCCAGGGAUAGGGAAUUCUCGAACCAGCGAGAAAGAGAGUACCCACGGGAACGUAACGACUUCCAUCGCGAUCGUGAGUAUGGUAGAGAGCGUGGAGAAUCUCGGUCCGAGAGAGGCCGUGGGGGCUAUAGGGGCCGAGGUGGACAUUCAAACUAUAGCGGUGCUCAUAACUCCCAAUACCAUAGCCCCCCAGUUGGACAAUCCCAGUUCCAAAGCACAAAACCGUUCUCACUUAGUGAACGUCACCGAUCUCAUCAUCAGGCAUCUCAGAAUGGAGGCCAGCAACAUGGUUCUAACCGGGGUCUCAAUAUGAGAUCACCAUCCCUUCCAUCCUCAAGAGUCUAUAGCCCUACACCCUAUCCAAUCCAAACCAACCUCAAUACGAUGUAUGGUUAUCCCAUGCUACAUCAAGGCCCAAUGACUGCGAUUCCAUAUCAUCCGUAUAUGGAGCACUCUCUAAUGAGCAUGAUUUCAAUGCAGCUGGAGUAUUAUUUCUCGGUUGACAAUCUUUGCAAAGACUUGUUCUUGCGGAAACACAUGGAUUCACAGGGUUUUGUUCUAUUAAGUUUUAUCGCUGGUUUCAAGCGGAUUAAGAGCCUCACCGAAGAUAUGGAUUUCCUUCGUCUUGUCUGCCGCCAACUGAAAAGUGUGGAGUAUAGACCCGGGGAAGAUGGAAAUGAUCGCCUUCGCAAACGGGAGAAAUGGGAACAGUGGAUCCUCGCAAUGGAAAAUCGCGAUCCUUCCGCCCAAAAUGAAGGCCCUCCCCCACUUUCUUUGUCAACUCCAGCUCACGAUGGGAACAGUGAUGGUUUGAACUCGAGUCACCUAGAGACCACCGCGCCAUAUGGCAAUGGGUCACUGCACGAAAUCUCCGGAAACGCGAUCCCUUCCCAUUAUUCGUUGUCGAACGGUGCCACUUCUGAUACCCGCGUGCAUCAGUCCGUAUUAUCGUCCGCUGCCCCCGAGUUCUCGCCAGCUUAUGUGCCGGUAACGGGGCAAAAUGAAAAUGCGAAUCAGCGGGUGGGACAGUGAGCACAGAAAAACGACCAUCUCUAUCGACGCGUACGUC